AAUCAAAGAAGGUGAAGGAAAAGUUUUGGUAGGAAAAGCAAAGAAGGGCAGCGGCGAAUCUUACAGAAGCGGUGGAAUUGGCAAUCAACUCAGGACGGCGUUGGGCGCAGGGGGGCGUCUGGAAACGGUGGUGGGGAGAUGUUUUGUCUCUCAAGAGGGGAGGAAUUUUUUUUUUCUUUCUCCUUUUUUACGUAGAUGAGGGAAAGAAAGGGUAAGAUAUGAUGUUUUGGUAGCAUUUGAAUUUUUUGUUACAUGCUUAUGUGUCCGCAUCUUAUUGGAGGGCAGAAAUCGUAGAACUUGUUCUCUUAUUUGGUUACUUCGUAGCGCCCAACGAUCAGUCACAAGUUCUCAUCCUCAGCCACGGCAACAGCCAGCAGCCCAAGACAUCUGUUUCGCCGGCCUCCUCCGAUCGCCGCCUGCCACAACAGCUAUCUAACUCUGCUCUACGAGGAGCCGGAAUUUGAGAUAUGAUCAUAGUUGUACUGGCACUGAUUCUGUGUGUCUUACUGGGAGUACUAAUUUUGAUCCCACGAGGCCGUAAAUCUGGUCAUUCGAAGAAAGUCGAGUCAAAUGCUAGCAAUAAGAAGGCAUCCAAAAUCUACAGUAAAGCUGAAGUCUCUUUGCAUAACAAGAAAACGGAUUGCUGGAUCAUCAUCAAGGACAAGGUUUUUGAUGUUACCUCAUAUGUAGAGGAACAUCCAGGUGGUGAUGCCAUCUUAGCACAUGCUGGUGAUGAUUCAACUGAAGGGUUUUAUGGGCCACAGCAUGCAACCCGAGUCUUUGACAUGAUUGAUGACUUUUACAUUGGCGAUCUGGAGCAGUAUUAAAUACAGCCUUUGGUUUGUAAAAUUAACAAGAGAAGUGUACUUUCAGAAUCUUGUUAAUUCUGUUGACAAUCAUGCCUUUAUUGAUGAGUUAUACGUUGGAGAUCGGGAGGCUAGUUAAUCACAGCCAUUGGUUUGCAAAAUUGACAAGAGAAACAGUUUCUGCCUUUAAUCUAGACAGUCUGUAAUUUGUGUUCUACUUACUGUCCAGUCAUUUUUGUAUUUUAGGUGACUGUUGAGAAAAACGUUCGAUCUUUUAACCAACAUUUCUGUUCUCUUUGUUUUAAUGGUUUACUUUGCUCUAUUUACUGGGAAGCACCUUCUGGAGAA